AAGCUCACCUACGACAAGGAUAGCUUGUGCACCAAAUUCGAAGAGGUAGUCAAAAUCAGCGAAAAGAAGACCAUCAAACAGCACUUGUAAAAAUAAUUGAAAUUACCAUGGCUGGCCGUGGCAGAGGAAGGGGCAGAGGAAUACUUCCUAUGAGCAAUGAACCAGGAAUGAAGAUAGAGCCAUCGUUGCCUAUUUUGGUUCCUCCUCCAAAUUAUCCAAUGCUUGAAUACAGACCUCUUCCAAUGACAAUGACCACAGAGCUCAGAUAUUUGCUGCAGUUGAGAAAAGGCUUUGUAGAUCAUAUGCAUGAGUCUCCAAACAAUGUUGUACCCAAAGUUAUAAAAAAAGACAUAGAAAGAUAUUCUGACCGAUACAAAGAAUCUAUCAAACAAAGGUAUGACAUUAGAUACGAUUGGACCCGUAUGCCAGCUGAGUUAAAGCCAGUGAUCAAGAGAAAAGGUAAUAAGUCUGGUGGAAGUAAUAAAAAACGUAAAGAGGUAGAUGUCAAUGCCAAACUUAAAGAGUUGGAGGAUAAAGAAUCUGAAGUUCCUAGUGAUAGCGAGGAUAAUGAAAAAGCAAAUGAAAAUGAAGAAGAUAAGGAUGAUGAUGAAAAAAUAGAUGAGGCUGAAGAAGAUAGUGAUGAGUAUAUGGAUGAGGGUACAGAUUACGUUAAUAAUUAUUUUGAUAAUGGCGAGAAUUAUGAAGAUGAUGAUGAGAAUGUCGACGACGGGCCGGUAUUUUAA